AUGGGCUCCAUCCAGCCAGAAGACACGAUGUUUUCUCCAGGUCCUCUCAUAGUAGGAGGAGGCCCGGUUGGAAUGUUGACAGCUCUCAGGCUGGCACAGCUGGGGGUGCCGUGCACGUUAUGCGAAAUGAGUACCGAGACGACACGCUGGCCUAAGAUGGACAACAACAGCUGCCAUACUAUGGAGAUUCUGCGUAUAAUGGGGCUUGUUGAGGAGUAUCGGCAACAACCCGGGGCUAUACCACAGCAUAGCGAAUGGGAUACUAUUUUUUUCAACACUUGCGGGCAGAAGAAAAAGCUCGUUAGUAGAUGGCAUAUCCCAAGCAACAAUGAAUACCGCGCGAAGAUUCACGCAAAUAAUGAUGGCUCACAGCCAGCCGAGCCGGGUCAGCGUUGCUCGCAGAUAGUGCUCGAAGCAUUCCUGAAGAAAAAAUGCCUCGCCGAACCUCUGAUUUCAGGUCACUUUGGGUACAAAUUUGUAUCGCUUGCGGAGGAUGACGAAGGGGUUACUGCUACUUUCAGAGACACGAAUAACCAGGAAAGGACCGUGAGAGCACCGUACCUGGUUGGCGCAGACGGUGCUCAGAGUAGAGUCAGGAAAAGCAUCGGGAUUAAUCUCCCGGGGAGACCUCUCCCAGGGGCCUUUUUCAUGGUUCACUUCCGGUCCAAAGAACUCACGGAACUCGCUCCAUUCGGCAAAUGGUGGCACGCCUUUGGCCUUCACGGCGGGUUCAUGAUUAAUCAAGACGAUGUCGAUACCUAUACCUGUCACGAGCCUUGCUCUGCUGAUGCCGCAGCCAUCAGAGAGCUUCAGGAACACCCCGAGGAAAUCCCUUAUCGUGUUCUUGGCAGUCUCGGCAAGCCCUACACAUUCAAAAUCGACGAAAUCAUGCUGGCUAAUGCAUGGCGCCCGAACUUUGGUCUCGCAGAUUCCUACGUCAGUCGUCAUGGACACGGCCGUGUGUUCCUCGCCGGUGAUGCUGCUCAUCGUAACCCUCCACAUGGCGGUUACGGCAUGAACAGCGGCGUAGAAGACGCCUUCUCGCUAGCGUGGCGCCUUUCAGCUUUACACAAAGGCAUCGGUGGAAGCAACCUCAUCACUUCAUAUACGAAUGAGCGCAGACCGAACAUGAUGAUGCGUCUCGAACGUUGUGAUGCCCACAUUGGAAAAUUCACUCCUAUGGUCAUGCGUACCAUGAUGGCCCCGAACACAGACAUUUUCCUCGAGGAAACCGAGGAAGGAGAGAAGGCACGGGCUGAGGUAGCAAGCCACCUGGACAGCGUGGGACCUGAAAACAUCGACCGUGGAGUGGAACUCGACCUGAGAUAUUUGAAUAGUGAAGUCAUUGUGAGCGACGGGACAAGAGAGCCCAGAUUCGAUAACAUGAGCUAUACGCCAAGUACAAGGCCCGGUCAUAGAGCACCGCAUGUGUUCUUGAGAGAUGAUCAGACAAGCAUUGUGGAUCUCUAUGGAAAAGAGUGGUCUUUAAUGGACUUCUCAAGGAUUGAAAGCGACUAUCAAACAAACAAUGAUUACAUCAGCUUUAAUGACGAAGCACCGUCCCCAGUGGCCACAUUCAAAGCUGUAGCCAAGGUAAUGAAGAUGCCACUGACGCACGUUCAACUGGAUGCCAGAGAAAAGCAUGUCAAGAAUGUGUGGGAAAAUUACGAUUAUGUUUUAGUCCGUCCGGAUGGGUACGUCGCCUGGCGUGGAGGCAAAGAAGGAGCGAGGGAUGAAUGUUGCGAGCUCAACGCAGGACGGAUCAGGAACAUCUUGAGCAUUGCACUGGGCUGGAAAACAGACCCUGGGUUUGUGGCGGGAGAGAGGAAGGAGUUGAAUCUGGACAUCAAUUUGACAAGUAUUCAUGGCGUGAAAGAUGAGCUAGGGGUUGGCGAGGGCCAAGGAGAUGCGUUUGUGGGAUUUGUCAGGGAUGCCUCGGAGAAAGUAGGUGCCCAUUUGAUUCCUACACAACAGCCAAUUCCUAGUUUCUGA